CCCACCUCAGACUUCCUCCUUCACUUGGAGGCAACACCACAUCCCACUGGCGCUUGGACUCCUAUGUCCAGCGGUGUUGCCUGCGUCAUGGGGGUCCUUGGACCUUCCACCAGGCUCCUGUUCCUGCCUCUUCUUCUGACUGUGGGUGGUUUCAGCUCUGUCCAGGCACAGGACGGAUGCAACUGCUCUGUGAUGAGUCCCGGGGUGCUGGCGGGGAUUGUGCUGGGGGACCUGGUGCUGACCCUCCUCAUUGCCUUGGCUGUGUACUCCUUGGGCCGGCUCUUCCCUCGGGGGCGAGGGGCUGUGGAGGCAGCAAAAGGAUCCCAGUUCACCGCCUUAACUCUGCAUUCUGCGCUACCCCCCAACCCCCCAACAGUGACCAGGAAACAGCGCAUCACUGAGACAGAGUCGCCUUAUCAGGAGCUCCAAGGUCAGAGGUCAGAUGUCUAUAGUGACCUCAACACACAGAGGCCAUAUUACAAAUGAGCCCACAUUGCAGCAGUCAACAACCUGGAUCCAGUCAUUCCUGAUGCCUCCCCAGCACCCUAUUCCUACUCCCACCAAGAUACAGAUCCUCAGAGUGCCCUACCUGAGGGGUCAGACUUCUCUCCACUACUGCCCCCAAAUAAACACGGCACACAAAAACA